AUGAAUACCAAAAAGGAAGAUUAUAACAAUGACAAAUUAUAUUUCAAGUUAUAUGAAUAUAUAUCUAGAAUAGAUAAAUUUCCUUCGAAUGAUAUUAAUUUACAGAAUGAAAAGAAAAAGAGAAAAUAUAUUAAUAAGCAAAAGAAAAAGGACGAAUAUAAAAAUCUUAACCAUGAAACAAUAUCUAAUUUUAAUAAAAAUGUGGUAAAUGCUAAAAGAACUGAUGAUAAUACAUUUAAAGAAAAAAAUGAACACAUAAUAAUAAGAAAUGAUAAUAUAAAUUAUGAUAAUCAAAACACAUGUGGAUAUAACCAAGAUUGCGAUGAAUAUAAGGAUUAUCUUUCGAACGACUCUUUAAGUGCUUAUAGUUCAUUUGAUGAGGAAGAAAAUGAAAUUGAUUCUUAUAUCACCGAAAAUGAACAAUCUGAAAUUGAUCAGAGAAAUAAGGAAGAUAGAAAAAAUAAUAAUUUGCCUAUUACGUUAUCUGAUCAGAAAGAAAUAAAAGAUAAUCAUUUACAUAAAAAUAAUAUUACAGAUAAUAUAUUACAUAAUUUGUCAGAAGAGAAAAGUUCAUUUCAUAUAUCGAGUAACAAUGAACCUACCAAUGAUUUUUAUAAUAAUAGAGAAAAUAAAGAAAUUUUAGAAAAAAAAGAAAAAAAUAAUAUAUGUCAAUAUAAAUUUAAAGAUAUAGAAAAGAAUAACAAUAUGGAUAUUUUUAUGGAAAUAGAGAACUAUUAUUUUAUAUAUAAAAUGAAUAGAAAAAUUGAAGAAUAUAAUAGUGUUAAUGAAAUGAAAAUUAUAAAAAGUGAAAGAAAUGAAAAAUUGUCUGAAAUGUUUAAAAAGAUUCAUAGCAUUUUAACACAUUAUAAAGAAAUAAAAAUUGAAUUGAAAAAUUUAAUAAAAAAUAAACAGCUCAUUUAUAAAAAUUUUUAUUCUAUUUUUUUACAUUAUUAUUAUAGAUACUCAGAAGUUAAAAUGAUAAAAUUAAACAAAAGCAAAAUUGAGAAACGUUUAAAAUAUUAUACAAAUAUUGAGCGUUUUGAAAUGAUUCUAGACAAAAUGGAGAAAAAUGUAUAUGCAUAUUUUAUUGAUAUAUACAAAACCUCUAUGAUAAAAAAUAGACAAGUAGGAAAGAAUCAAGAAUGUUCUGUUUCUCAUGAGGAAGAAGAAGAAUACACGAGUGAUAAUGAGGAAACAGAUGAAGAUUUAAUAGAUGAAAUGGAUGAAGACGGCGAUUAUGAUGAGGCAUAUGAUAAUAUAAAUGAUAAUAUAAAUAAUAAUGGGGAUGAUAAUAUAUAUGAUAAUAUAAAUAAUAAUAUGGAUGAUGAUAUAUAUGACAAUAUAUAUGACAAUAUAUAUGAUAGUAUGUAUGACAAUAUAUAUGAUAGUAUGUAUGAUGAUGUAGAUGAUAAUAUAUAUGAUAAUAUAGCUAAUAACACAGAUAAUAAUAACGAUAAUAUUAUGCCUGGUAACAUAAAUAAACAUAUUAAUAAUAUCAUAGAUAAUCAUAUAAAUGACCAUUCAAAAGAAGAAACACAUGAUGAUAUAAGUCAAGAGACUCAACAAAAAAUUGACUUAUCCCUCACAAAUGAAAAAAAAAAAAAAACCUCCAAAAUCAGUGACACCAAUAAAAAGAAUGUUACCAAAACUAAAAAUCAAACUAAAGAUAAAAAAAAAAAUUCUUUCUUUUGUAUAAACAAAAGUACAUUAGAAAAUAAUGAAUAUGCGUGUUCCUCUCAUCCUUUGAAUGAACAUUUUUUGAAAAACAUGGAAUGUAAUUUUUUAAAUAAUAUUGAUGACGACAACUUUAAAAGAGAAAUAUACAAAAAAUUGUUAAACAAAAAUAAGAUAGAUAAAAAAAACGAAAAAAGAAAAAAAAAACGUCAUAUAAACAACAAAUUAAAUGAAAAAAAUGAAAUUCAUUCUAUGCUACACUUUUCAGAAAAGGCCAUUAAAUUUUUUAAAAAAAAUAAUACAUAUUUCAACGCAAAAGGAAAAAUACUAAAAUAUCAAUCAAUUAUUAAAAGAAUUUUAAAAUAUAUUAUAAACUUAUUUAGGGACGUCUUAAAUAAUACUGAUUUAAAUAUUAAUAUGACCAAAGAAGAUAGAGGUCAAUAUUUGUAUGAUAUGCAAUAUGAAAAUAGAAGAACCGAUGAAAUUAAUGAUACAAUAAAUAGAAAUUCAUUGAAAAGUCAAAACAAAAAUAUUAAUAAUAAUGAUAUCAUGAGUUGUGAUGAAUAUAUUAAUAGGAAUUGGGGAAAAUCUCCUAUUAGUAAUAAUGAAAUUAAACUUUUUUGUUAUACACAAAAUGAAAAUUAUAGUAUUAACCAAACAGGAAAUAAGAAAGAAAAUGCUUUAUUCGAAGAGAAUAUAGAAAAUGAAGAAAAAAUGACUGAAAAUUUUAUUACAUAUGAAGAUAUAAAAAAAAGUAAUAUAUAUGAAAAUAAUAUAAAUGAUAAUAAUAUAUAUAAAAUUUCUACUAUUAAUAAUUUAAUUAAAAAUCAUUUUUUAUUACAAACUAAUGAUGAAAAGGAAAUUGACAAAAUAUAUAAUAAUGUGAAUAUAAUAUAUUUUAAUAAAUAUAUAGAUGAAUUUGAAUAUUAUAAGAAAUACAAAAUAAAAUGUUAUUGUAUGAAAGAUAUAAUAAAUUUUAUUUAUAAAAAAUCAUUAAAUGAUGAAAAUAAUUUAUAUAUAGACGAUUAUAACUCUCUGGAAAGUAUAUAUGUAAGUACAAGAUUAAAAAUAUUAAAUAAUAAUAUUUUAAAAAAUUUUGAAUAUUUUUUUGAUAAAGAUAUUUGUAAAUAUAUAAAAAAUGUGUGUCUAUUAGCUAUAUAUAUUUCAAAAUUAGAAUCAGAUUUAUUUUUACAUAUAUUUAAUAAUAAUUUAAAUUCUUCUAUUAAUAUUAUACUCAAUAGUAUUGGUGUAUGUAUAUAUGAUAAUAUUAAUGAGAAAAUUUAUGAAUUAAAUAAUAUGAAAAUUAUAAGAAAAAUUAUCCAAAUUAUUUAUGUAGAUAUUAUUGACAUAUAUACUGAUGAUUCUUAUAAUAUUAUACAUGAUUAUUUGAAACGAAUAUGUACAACAUUAAAAGAGAGAUUAUUAUAUAUAAUAGAAAUGUAUAUCUCAUAUUAUACUAAAAAUGUUAAUUAUAAUAGUACUAUUCCUUAUAUGUGUUUCCAAUCAAUAAAAAAGAAAUUUACAAAUAUAAUAAAUGGAUUUUUAUAUGAAGAUUAUAUAGUAAGUAGUAAUUAUGAAAUAAUAAAUCAUGAGACUAAAAAAAAUAAGGACAAACGUUUGAAUGAUUCACAAGACAAUUUUCAUGAUCAAAAUAUACAUUCUGAUCAUAUGAAUCAUAUAGAAAAAAAAAUAGACAAUAUAUCAUCUGGAAAUAUAUAUAAUUCAAAUGAUAAGUAUAUGGAAAUCUCUGAAAAUGAUGAUUAUUCUAGCGAAAGUAUAGAAAGUGAAAAUAAUUAUAAAGAACAUGAAUAUAAUAUAAAUAUAUUGAAUGAAAAUAAUGUAUAUAAAUCUUUCUCUUUUAAUAAUAUUCAAUUUAAUAAAGAUACCAUAUUUUCCUUAAGAGGAAUAGAUAUGAAUAUAAUAGGAACCAUUCUAAUUUUAAAAACUAUUAAUUUUAUUAUUGAAGAAAAUACUUUUAUAGAUUUAUUCAAAGAAUGUUUAGAAAAUACAUUUAAUUCUAUAACACAUGUAUAUAAGCAAUAUAUAAAAAAACAUGAUGAUAUGUUUAAUUCAAAUAUUUUUCUUAUAAAAAAUUUAAGUUUCUUACUUUAUUUAUUUUAUAAAGUCACUAAUGAUAAUGAAUUUUUAAAUACUUAUUUACAUAAAGAUUUAAUAGAUCAUUUAUUAUUUAAUGUAACACAUAAAGAAAGUAAAAAAAAUGAUCAAAAAUAUAAAACAGGAAAAGAUAAUAAUAAUAAUAAUAAUAAUGAAAUAACGGGAGUAGAAAAUGAAAUAUCUAUUUUUAAUUUUAUUAAACGAGUGUACACCGUAUCUUCAAAUACUGAUGUGCAAAAUAAAAUUUUAAAUAUGUUUAAUGAGAGUUUAUAUAAUUUUAUUAUAACUACCAUAUCGAAAGUGUGUGCUCCGUUAAUUAAUAUCCUUUCGAAUGAAUAUAACGAUUACGAGAAUGAGAAUGACAUAAAAGAAGUACUAUAUAAUUGGAUUAAUGGAAAGAAAAAAGAAAAAGAAGAAGAACAUAACAAAGAUAAUUCUAGAAAAGAUUUGUUUUCGUUUCUAAAAGAUCUUGAUUUUGAACAGCUUAAGGAAUAUACAAAAAAUAUUAAUGAGAAGAAAAAUCAAGAACUAAGUAAUAAAAAUGGGGAUGAUAUAAAGAAUGAGUUACAAUCAUUUCGUCAAAAAAUAUACUUUUUGUUUCCUAAGAUUUAUUUUUAUAUAAAAUUAUUUAUUUGUUCAAAUACUGAUAGAUACAGCGAAAACAAUUUCUUUUACGUUCUGUUUGAUUAUAUAAUAGGAGUCUUAAAAUAUAAAAUAAUAUAUAUGUUAAGUGAAGUGUAUUUUCUACUAGGAUGUAAAUAUUCAAAAAAGAUUUCAAACAUUUUUGAAGAAAAUUAUAUUAAUGACAUAUUUCUUUUUUUAAAUUCUAAUGAGCAAUAUUCUUGCGUUUUCUCAGAUAUUCAUCAAUAUUAUGAUAUGAAAAAAAAUUAUAAUUUUUUGUAA